GGCAAUUUUAUUUGCUGAUUGUAUGAAGACGUGACGGUCCCCCGGUGUUGCGUUGCACAACUCUCUGACCAAAAACUCAAGGUCCACUUUAAAAUAGCUGCCAGAGUUUCAGCGGUGGUGGCUGACGCGAAGGAGAGGUGGUCAUUCCUCAAGGAAAGUCCUUAAGAAACCAAAGACAAAAUGGGCGACUGGACAUUUCUGUCAAAACUGCUGGACAAAGUGCAAUCGCACUCCACGGUCAUAGGGAAGAUAUGGAUGAGCGUGCUGUUCAUCUUCAGGAUCCUGGUUCUGGGGGCGGGAGCGGAGAGCGUGUGGGGGGACGAGCAGUCGGGGUUCAUCUGUAACACCCAGCAGCCCGGUUGCGAGAACGUGUGCUACGACCACGCCUUCCCCAUCUCCCACAUCCGCUUCUGGGUCAUGCAGAUCAUCUUCGUCUCCACGCCGACCCUGAUGUACCUGGGCCACGCCAUGCACAUCAUCCACAAGGAGAACAAGCUGAGGCAGCACCUGAGCCAGAACGGCAAGUGCCCCAAGUACACGGACGACAGGGGCAAGGUCACGAUCAAGGGGAACCUGCUGGGCAGCUACCUGACGCAGCUGUUCUUCAAGAUCGUCUUCGAGCUGGGCUUCAUCGUGGGCCAGUACUACCUGUACGGCUUCAUCAUGGUUCCCAUGUUCCCCUGCUCCAGGAAGCCGUGCCCGUUCACCGUGGAGUGCUACAUGUCCCGCCCCACCGAGAAGACCAUCUUCAUCAUCUUCAUGCUGGUGGUGGCCUGCGUCUCCCUGCUCCUGAACGUGGUGGAGGUGUUCUACCUGAUCUGCACCCGGGUGGGGUGCCGGACCAGGAGGCGCACGCUUCACCGCACCUCCCCCGAAAACCCCGCCAGCCUAGGGUGGCAGGGCCGCGAAGAGGCGCUGCGGCAGAACGCGGUGAACAUGCAGUACGAAAAUGGGCAGAGUCCGAGCCUCGGGGGCAGCCUGGAAGGAGCCAAGGAGGAGAAACGCUUACUAGCCGAAAAAUAACUCUCUAUAAAUCUCUCUAUUUAUUUACCAUCAGAAUUAGAUGUUUACGCAAGUUAUGAGUAGAGUGUAUGACUGGAGUCUCACUUGUAAUCUUUUUUUUAAAAACUAAAACAUUUGUAUAGGUCUCAUGCAUUGGCUCCAAAGCUUACCUGUUGCUUUUCAAUGGAAACUGUUGUUAAAACACAGCACAUAGCUUUCUUCCAGGAACCUAGUGGUGCAUUGUACAUUCAUCACAAUGUCACAUUUUAAUACAUUUUUGUAUGAAAGAAAUACAAUAGACAUAAUGCCAAAAUAUAAAAGCACUGAAGUUAAAUAAGAUAAGGAGCCAGACUGAAAAUAACCAAAUGAAAUAAUAGAAAAGAUAACCCAUGAUCACAGACUCUGUGGGUGAUGAACAGUCAAUGUCUAGAACCAUGUUGCAAUGUGUAUUUCAGUAGAUUCAUUGUAAUAUAUUGAAAUGUAUUGAUUGUUAAGUUAUAUUAAAUAUUUAUGAUCUCAGUAUUGUUCGCUGUUGAACGUUCCUUUCAAGGAAAAUGAUAGUGACCUUUAACCUAUGAAAAUAUUGUAUUGUAAAUUUUCCCUUUGUAAUGUUUUUUGGUUUUGUCAUUUUUAUUAUAAUAAAAGCCAUAGAUAAAUCAAAA